AUGGAGAUUCGCCAAUACUUCCCUGGACAUUGGCCAAUUGGCGAAAGUCGUGUGGGCUUUCGUAAAUAUAUUCAGCGGACAUUCGCCAGUACUGACAAAAGUCACAAACCUUGGCUGGACUGUCAAUUUCACGAUGCCGAUCAGAAAUCUAUUAAGAAGCCAGACGAGCUUGGAAUCGACGCAAAAAAUUACCCUCCCGCGAAAAUGAAUGAUGAUCUGCUGGAUCGUAUUCAAGGCUCGAUAUUUGGUAUGGCUCUUGGUGAUGCUCUCGGUGCUCACGUUGAAUUCAGGCCUCACAGCUAUUUGGUUGCCAAUCCAGUCAAGGAGCUUUUAGGAGGAGGCACAUGGGGUCUGCAAAAAGGACAGGUAGGAAACGAUCGUGACGUGAGAGACAUUACCCAUUCAGUGCACUGCACACAAUACUCAACGGCAAACGCGUUUCAGAAGAAUAUCGAAGAAGUAAAAAGAAAUUCAUAACGUGCACCUUUUUACAAGUAGACAGUCCAGGUGUGAAUCAACACUUUAACAUGAUUCUGUGCUGCGACAUGCUACGUCCGAUUGCGCUGAAACUUUAUAUAUAAAUACUAGACAACUCUGAAACUCAUCAUUUGGACAAAAAACUUCAAAUACGAAAGAAACCGCUGUUUCUACAACAAUACCAACUUUUUAUAAAACUUAAGGACAAACAGCUGCGGUCAGCACUUCACGGGAGGUGAACUAUGAUAAGGAAACAAUCCCUUGUUUGUUCAUCUUUCGUACACGUUCAGUAUUGUGUCGAUGCGUUACUGAUGUUCGCAGAUUUCUCUCGAAUUUAUAACUUUCCACUCAGAGCUAGAAUUUUUCGCAAUCUAUAUACAGUGGGGCAAAUAUUUUCCGUACACCCCUAUCCUCUUUUUCUUUUGGUCAGAACUCAGUAACGAAAAAAGCUUUUGACAAGCGGUCUGCAGCAAAAUGUCCUCCGCUCCCUUUAGUAUAUUUGUAGAUAAAAAGAGUUAGAAAUAUUUGUUGUUGUUCUCUAUAGGCUCAUUAGACCGAAAAGUGAACGUUUCCUGGUCGGUAAAAAUUUUCGGUACACUUGAUAAAAACCCUUUUCUACGCUGUCUAAGCGCUGACAAAAUUUGAAAACUACAUCAAUCGAUAGAGGAGAGCGCGAGCUACAUUUUGGUAAAAAAUAAUUUUGAAAAGCGUUUUUCUUCGGAUGAAAACGCAACUUUAAGGCAAAAGUGCCAUACUCUUCAGUGUGACUGCUCCAUCGGAGGCGUGAGUGACUGAAAAAAAAUUCGAUUAUUAUAUAAAAAUUCUAAUAUUUUGGAUCUUGGGGCUAUUUUUGAAAUAUCUUUUCUGCACGUGAGGGUAAAUAUUUUUUGGAUAUCUAUGCGUCGUCAUGUAGUCAAGUACUUACUGUAUAUGGGUAUGAAAAGAGAAAUUUAGACUUUUAAGUUCAGACGGAUUAACGAUUUCUGAAAAUUAACCCCAUAUUCGUGUUCAGCGUCAAAAACUGCGUUUAAUGAUGUGUCACUCGACGUUUGGCAAAAGGCGAUUUGCUUUCGCCCAAAUUUUGCUUGUCAAAAAUCGCUCUGGCCAGCCAUCUCUGCUACCGGAGUGAAAUUCCGUAACGAUUUUUUUGCAUUUUGUUUUUCU